AUGGCAUCCGAAAAUGAUAUGGUAGAUCUCGAACGAGGACAUCAGCUGCAGGACUUGGAAUCCACACCAGAUGUCCAGUAUCAUCCGCUUCAAUACCACCCCACUAGCGAACAGGAAGAGGCUACUCAACACCUCCUCAACGACUCGCUCAUUCCUUCUAAUGAUUACUCAAGACAUAAAAGUACGACUCCAUCAUCAGUGUAUAGUCUUACAGAGACUUACAGUCCAAUACAUCCUCUAACAAUCGCGGCACCGGCCUAUACCGAUUUCGAACAGAACAGAGGUUAUGACGCUGGUAGCUACGUACAAUCCGAAGACGAUUGGGUUCAGAGGCAACAUAAUCUACCCAGCGUGUCUGUUGGUAUGGGUGUAAAGCGCUCCAAGACACGCAAAGUCAAGUUGAUCCAAGGUUCUGUUCUUAGUAUUGACUAUCCCGUCCCCAGCGCUGUCCAAAACGCUAUCGAACCUCGCUAUCGUAAUGCAGAGGGCGCAUACGAAGAGGAGUUUACCCAAAUGCGAUAUACCGCAGCCACUAUUGAUCCAGACGAAUUUACACUAUCGAAUGGGUACAACCUGCGCCCGAGAAUGUACAAUCGCCACACGGAGCUACUUAUCGCAAUCACGUACUACAACGAGGACAAGGGGCUGCUUGCUAGGACGCUUCAUGGAACCAUGAAAAACAUUCGGGAUAUCGCCAAUCUGAAGAAGUCAAAAUUUUGGGAUGUCGGCGGUCCCGCUUGGCAGAAGAUUGUUGUCUGUCUCAUAUUCGAUGGCAUCGACAACGUCGAUCAAGAAGUAUUCGAUGUCCUUGCAACCGUCGGAAUAUACCAAGAUGGAGUGCUGAAAAAAGACGUGAAUGGAAAACCUACAGUCGCGCAUAUCUUCGAAUACACUAGCCAGAUCUCUAUCACUCCAGAUCAACAGCUCGUUCGACCUGCCAAUGAUGGAGACGCUGCAAAUCUGCCGCCUGUACAAUUCAUCUUCUGUCUCAAACAAAACAACAGCAAAAAGAUCAACUCUCAUCGAUGGCUCUUCAAUGCUUUCGGCCGAAUGUUGAACCCCGAGGUUGCGAUCCUUAUCGACGCAGGUACCAAGCCAGGACCACGCUCUCUUCUAGCGCUGUGGGAAGCCUUCUAUAACGACAAGGACCUCGGAGGCGCAUGCGGCGAGAUCCAUGCCAUGUUAGAAGGCGGCAAGGCGUUGCUAAAUCCGCUCGUCGCAAUCCAGAAUUUCGAAUACAAGAUUUCCAAUGUUCUUGACAAGCCUCUGGAGAGCUCGUUUGGCUAUGUCAGUGUGCUUCCAGGCGCAUUUUCAGCAUAUCGUUUUCGGGCUAUAAUGGGCCGUCCAUUAGAACAGUACUUUCAUGGUGAUCAUACGCUGUCGAAGAAGCUCGGCAAGAAAGGCAUCGACGGUAUGAAUAUCUUCAAGAAGAACAUGUUCUUGGCAGAAGACCGCAUCUUGUGCUUCGAGCUAGUGGCGAAAGCCGGAUCAAAGCAUCUCUCAUACGUCAAGGCGUCGAAAGGCGAGACCGACGUCCCAAACUCAGCAGCUGAGUUUAUUGGCCAGCGUCGGCGAUGGCUCAACGGAUCCUUCGCUGCAUCACUCUACGCUAUCAUACAUUUUGGCCGACUUUAUGGCUCGGGACAUGGCAUCGUCCGUCUCUUUUUCCUUCACAUCCAGUUGGUCUAUAACAUCGCUCAGGUCAUCUUCACUUGGUUCUCUCUCGCAUCUUACUACCUUACCACCGUUGUCAUCAUGACUCUUGUCGGUACACCCGAGCCUUUACUUGAUUACCACGGUUGGCCAUUUGGCGACAAGAUAACACCAAUAUUCAACCACAUCAUCGGGUACACCUACGUGGCUUUCCUCAUCUUACAAUUUAUCCUUGCGCUGGGGAACAGACCGAAAGGAUCUCGACAUAGCUACAUGGCCUCGUUCGUUGUGUUUGGCCUCAUUCAGGGGUACAUCCUCGUCCUGACCACUUAUCUUGUCUACCGCGCCUUCAGCUCGAAGCCAAUUGGUGAUCAAAUUUCCUUUAGUUCGGGCAAGGCAUUCUUCGACAGCUUCUUCGGGGGCAACACGGGCGUUGCGGGAUUGAUCCUCCUCGCACUAACAACCAUCUACGGCUUCAACUUCGUCGCGUCCUUCAUCUAUCUCGACCCUUGGCACAUGUUCCAUUCGUUUCCACAGUACCUGUUCCUCAUGUCGACUUACAUCAAUGUACUGAUGGUGUAUGCGUUUAACAAUUGGCAUGACGUUUCCUGGGGCACAAAAGGCUCCGAUAAAGGCGACUCAUUGCCAUCUGCAAACGUUAUCGAAGGCACAGGUGACGUCGUGGUUGAGGAAGUGGAGCAGGAGCAAGAAGAUAUCGACAGUCGCUUCGAGAAAGUUGUUCAUAGGGCACUUGCACCGAUGGCAAAGACAGGUGACGAUAAGCCGGCGAGGAAAGAUACCGAUGAUUCGUACCGGUCGUUCCGCACUGGCUUGGUCUACUCGUGGCUGCUUUCGAAUCUCGUGCUUUGUGUCGUAGUCACGAGCGACGACUUUGCUACUGUCGGCGUUGGUGAAGCUUCCCAGACCCGUACUCCCAUAUACUUCCGCGUCCUAUUGUACGCUACUGCGAUCCUUUCCACUAUCAGGUUUAUUGGCUUCUUGUGGUUUAUCGGACGGACUAGUGUUAUUUGCUGUAUCGCUAAGAGGUAG